AUGUGGGAGUGCAUAGCACCAACAGCCUACGCGGUGGACUGGAACACCGCGCUUGGUGACGUUCUGCAGACUCCUGAAGAAGUAGAGUUUCUGAGCACACUGGCGUGCUCGCGGGAGCGCUUGCAAGUCGCGCUGCGGCACUGGAAACAGCUCUCUCUACGGGAGCGUAGUCUAUGUGGAACCCGCCAGAAGCACGCGAAUAGCGAGGCUCACUUGCCAGCCGCGGAAGAGAAACCUGUCGACGAAUCUGCUAAUAAAGCACUCCUUAAAAACUUGAAAGAGACCCUGUUUGCGACCGCUGGGCCGGUCGAGGUGCGGAGCGCCCUCUAUCAACUUGAGGCCUAUAUUCCGUGCUUGCAGCGCCUGACGAGCUUGUUUCAAGAACAACGUACUGUGGAACAUUUUGCGCAUAAUCGGCACGCGAGCGAAAGCUGCCGUUUCGCGUGGAAGUCGGGAAUGGCGGAACGCCGCACCGUCCAACGGGAAUCAUUAUUGCGUUUCGAGAUCCUGUUCACCCUUUUUUAUUGGAGCAUGGCAAAGAUCAGAACCGGGCAUGAAAUACUUGAUGAGUUUUCAUCGAAUGCCGAAGGUCAAACUCGCGAGGCCGUCGAGAACGAGGCAGUCCGACUCUUCCGCGAGGCCAGCGGUGUUCUCAAGUAUCUCUCGGAGAAGCUUUCUCCGGGAUUGCUGGUGGACAUGGAUAGCUCCGAAUUCGUUUGUGAAGUGCAUCCAUGUGUAGCAUCCGCACUGUCAAGAAUAGCCAUGGGCGAAGCUUAUUUGCUGGCACUAACGCGUGCCGAGUCCCGACAGCUAUCACCGGAAACACUGCUGCGUCUCUCCGUGGGUGUUACGGAGACUUUCGCGCUCGCACGCGCUCAACUCCAAGGGCUCUGUGAUGGCACUAACAAGGCUGCCGCUGGUCACAAACGACUCGCGUACUCCCCAGAGCCUGGUUACCGCGCAGUUGCGGAGCUUGGCGAGGCACUCGGACGCACACGUUGCUUCUAUUAUCAAGCGCUCAUCUUUGAAGCGGGUACGAGUCCGCGAGAAAUUUCAGGCAAGCGCGGGGCAGUUAUACGCUUGCUCGAGCACGCAUCGCUCGAAAUUGAGAAGCGCCGUGUGGGGCGCCUCCUGCGAGACGGCGCGUUUCGCUUCCUCGUCCCGCCGAUGCGUGCGCCCACCGUCCAGCAUUGGCAGAACUUAAUUAGCAUCAAGCUAGAAAAGAGCCGCCGCGACAAUGACCUGGUAUACAUGGAACCUGUUCCGGACUCGAUACCAAACAUCACAGCAACUGAGGCCCUGUAUCCGUUCUAUGCUGUUGAGUAUUCCUUCACGGACUUGAACCAAACCCAGCUCGAUGCCAGUUCAUCUCUAGACGCGUCACUGAAUGGUAGCCCCCGCGCCGGUGCCCAGCAGAACGGAACGAACGAGUCGAUUGGAGGGACUUUCCGCUGA